UGUCGAAAUCGAUAGGAUGAUUGAUGCUCUUAGAGAUGCAAACCCUAGAGAAGUUGAGAAGCUUGUUCUUGAAAAUAUACUUGCUUUUGAUGAGGGUUUUUGGAUAAGACUUGCGGCUAGGUCUGAUACAUGCAAAUCAGAUGAUGACAAGAAGGACUAUGAGGAGUUAGCUACAACUGUGAUGACUAUAGUUGACUGCGUUGUGAAUAAGACUCGGGAAAAGAUAGAAACGUCUACUGAUAUUCUGAAAGGGAUUCUAAGACCUGCUAUAGAUGGAGUGGAAGAGAUUUCAUGGCCUCCUAGAGACCCUGAAGCCAUCAAUCUAAUGGAAAAGGAAAUAAUACAAAGGGAAAAAGAAGGGCAAUUAGAUGAAGGAUUUCUUUCAGAAGUUAGUGCUCAACUCCGGCAGGCAAAAGAAGAUAGAGACAAACCAGGGCUAUUAGCUAUGCUGCAAAAAGUUCUUCAACUCUAUUCUGCCACCAUUCUCUCCAAGCGUAGCUAUGCAAAGAAAGGGAACGAAGUUGUAAAAGCCGAGCAUUUUCUCGAAACUCUGAUAAAAGCUCCUGAGGAACAAUGGAACAAGCUUUUCGUAGACGGAUUAACAAUCGGAAAAGGAGAUAUCACACCUGAUGAGCUAUCUGCUGUUAUCAAGAAACGAAUCGAGCGCACACUGAUUCGAACUGAAGGAGGUUCAUACCAGCAGCGCAUCUUGACUGAGUAUCUCAAAGGAAUCGAGUCGAGGGCAUAUGAAAUUAUGAAAUUACUGCAGGGUUAAUUACGUAAAUCUCUGUAUUUAUAGAUAUACAUAUCCAUUUUUAUUUUCAUAGCUUUGUUAUAUAUUUUUCCUCUCACAAAAUAAUUUUGAUUGUGCAUUACUGCAUUUAAAGUGUUUAAUCUGAUAUAAAAAUAAGAAGCCUC